AUGGCUCAGGCUCUUGUUGAAAAGAUAUUCCAAGCUGUGGGAUGUCCUUUGAUACAGAAGGUGACUUUGGCUGCCUUCAUGCUUUCUGGAGUGGCUGGCAUCUGGUGGCAAGGUGCUUUGCAAAGAAUGAUAGCUGCAGGUACCCAAGUGAACUGGGAGAAUUUCAAGCAGCUAUUCUUGGAGAAAUACUUUCCCCAAGAUGUAAGACAUAAGAAAGAGGUGGAAUUUCUUGAAUUGAAGCAAGGAGAAGAUUCUGUGGCUGAUUAUGUGACUAAGUUUGAAGACUUGGUUAGAUUCUGCCCUAUGUUUGAUGGUGUGGGCAAUGUGGAGGAAAAAUGUGUAAAGUUUAUGAGUGGUCUUCGACCUGAGAUUAAACAAGUUUUCAAUUAUCAAGGGAUCACUCACUAUCACGAAUUGGUAAACAAGUGUCGAGUACGUGAUGAGGAUAACCGUGCUAGGGUAACUCAUUAUAAGAGUGGAGGACCCAUGAGCAAUAAUAAGUUUGGGUCAUCUAGUAAGGGUAAACUUACACCAAGUCUGCCGGGAAUUCGAGUUCUAAAGUGA